AUGACAGUGAAAGCACUACUUCUCCUUGCUGCUGCUAUCAUGUCGCACCGCGUACUCUCCCCGCCCACGCCGCCAGCUAAACCCGAAUCCAUGUCGCGGUUCGGUGAAGGCGACGCACUAAACAACAUGGCGCGAUGGGCUCCAAUCAUUGGCCAGGUAGUUGUUUGGUCCCUCGCGGCAUGCGAGAUCCUCGUCCUCAUGGCGGACAAAAUCUCAUCCACAUUCGCCGCAGGGCUUAUCCCCAUCUUCUCGUCGUCUACGGCCCCCGAUCUGCGCCUUUCUCCGCUCUUCAUCGUUGGGUGGCUCUUAUUUGCGUUGGGCGGAGGCCUCCGCCUCCUGUGCUACCGUCGCCUCGGCCGGCUGUUCACGUACCACCUGACCAUCGCGGAAAACCACCAUCUCGUCACCACCGGUCCCUACGCCAUUGUCCGACACCCCAGCUACACCGCGUGGAUCGCCUUCAUGUCCGGGAUCCUCCUCAUGCAAGUGAGCCCAGGCUCCUGGUUCGCCGAGUGCGGACCUUCGGAAUCGCUCGUCGGUCGCUCUGCGAUGACCGCAUGGGUUGUGUACAACCUGUGUAUCUUCGCUUGGAUCCCGGCUAGGAUGAGGCGGGAAGAUGAAGCGCUCAAGAGGCAGUUUGGCGAUAAAUGGCUGCAAUGGUCGAUGCACACGCGCUACAAGCUCGUCCCAGGCAUCUAUUAA